AUGAUCAAACUCAAAAAUCGAGAAUUGCAAGAGAAGCCAAACCAAACUACGUCGAACUGUGAACUCGUGAGCUCAAAAAAGAAACACCAAACAAACAUACAACCCGGAAGUUACUUGAAAAUGGCAGACGAUUCGACGCUCCGAGCGAGAAAACGAUUUUCCGAACAUUUUCUUAACCUGUAUGGGAAAAGUUUGGCAGAUUUUGACAAAGAAGGAGAAGAGAUACUUCAGAAAGCCAGCAAAAAGAAAGAACCUCAGUCACCAUACAACUUAUCUUCAUUUUUUUGGCUGGUUGCAUCAGCUGCUGUGUUUUAUUACACAGACUUUGCUAUUGCCAUUCAAGUAGACCCCAGGAUAAAUCGAUAUUGGUUCAAUAUUGGUGUGGUGCUGAUUGGUGUAAAUGUAUUCAUAGGAAUAUAUUUCGUUGUGGUAUGUAGUUGGAUUCGUAAAAUCUCAUCAGAUGACUGGGAGAAGCAUUUUCCAUUUGCAAUUCCAUUUGCUACUGCUUGUUUUGCACUUGGAUCAUUAUGCUUGAAUGUUGGUCUGUGGCCAUUGUGGAAACUUCUCACACCAGUCAUAUUAUUUAUACUUUUCAUGGGUUUUGUUGUGUUUGUCAGUCUUCUUCCAAGUUUUUGUUAACAGAGAAUUUCAAUUAUGUGGGUUACAAUGUUUUACAGUUCUUUCUAAGCUUCACAGGUUUGCCCAUACAUACCUUAAAUAAAGACAAAACUAUUCAUAUGAUUAUGAGUGAAGAAGAAAGCAGACACUAUACUCCCAUUGUGUAAACUAAAUACAUAAUACAUAGUGACAACAUAAGAAUAGAAACAUUUUAUACAAUUCUACCCACAAUGCAAUGUUUAAUUUUGCAUUUGCAUAUUGAAUAUAUACGGUACUAUACUUUUGUAUAAAGAGAUUGUG